UAAACUGUGUGAUGCUGUUCAACCACUAGGUGGUGCUGUGUGAGACAAACCUUAAUUAAGCUAACCGCAGCCACACCUGACAGAGCAUUGAAGUAUCUUGUUAUAGGAACACAUCUGAAAGUCCAUUCAUAAAUGACUACAUCCUUGAAGGGAGGAGCUGGUUUACAGGUUUGAUUCAGCAUGAUGAGAGAAGAGCAGAAGGGAAGUUUAAGAGUUACCAAUCCAUGAGGACCUUCCCUCUUAUCCCAUCACAGAGCUGGGACUGUGGUGCUGGAGACCGGUGUGACGGAAUCCCACGUGCGUAACUUCGAUUGCCCCUACGAGACUCCAUUUCAAGCUGUGAGUGCAGCGCACCACGGAGACUGAUUUAUUGCGAUGUGCAGAAAACCGGGAGGCGGGAGCAUGCGCAGAAGAGAGCAUAUUGAAGCUGAUUAACACUAAAUCCCCACAAUGUCCCUGAAACCACGAGUAGUUGAUUUUGAUGAAACAUGGAACAAACUUCUAACAACAAUUAAAGCUGUUGUAAUGUUGGAUUAUGUUGAAAGAGCGACAUGGAAUGACCGCUUCUCGGACAUUUAUGCUUUAUGUGUGGCCUAUCCAGAACCUCUUGGAGAGAGACUUUAUACUGAGACUAAAUUUUUUUUGGAAAAUCAUGUACGCCAUUUGCACAAGCGUGUUCUGGAAUCUGAAGAACAAGUACUGGUUAUGUAUCAUAGAUACUGGGAAGAAUACAGUAAAGGGGCAGACUACAUGGACUGUUUAUACAGGUACCUCAACACACAGUUUAUUAAGAAAAACAAAUUAACUGAAGCUGAUCUUCAGUAUGGCUAUGGAGGUGUGGAUAUAAGUGAACCACUGAUGGAAAUAGGAGAGCUAGCACUUGAUAUGUGGAGGAAAUUAAUGAUUGAGCCACUGCAGGGUAUCCUCAUUCGAAUGCUCCUCCGAGAAAUUAAAAACCGAAGCUAUACUUCUACAAGGCAAGCUGAAUGUCAACUUUUGCAUUUGUGUUUGAAUACAGCAGGAAGCAGACAAGAUCAUGAAUUUGAUCGCUGUGGAGAAGACCCAAACCAGAAAGUAAUCCAUGGGGUUAUUAACUCCUUUGUUCAUGUUGAACAGUAUAAGAAAAAAUUCCCCCUAAAGUUUUAUCAGGAAAUUUUUGAGUGUCCUUUUCUGAAUGAAACAGGGGAGUAUUAUAAACAAGAAGCUUCAAACUUAUUGCAAGAGUCAAACUGCUCACAGUAUAUGGAAAAGGUUUUAGGUAGAUUAAAAGAUGAAGAAAUGCGAUGUCGGAAGUACUUACACCCCAGCUCAUAUGGCAAAGUAAUUCAUGAAUGCCAGCAGCGAAUGGUAGCUGAUCACUUGCAGUUUCUGCAUGCAGAAUGCCAUAAUAUCAUCAGACAAGAGAAAAGAAGUGACAUGGCAAAUAUGUACACACUGCUUCGUGCUGUGUCAAGUGGUUUACCUCAUAUGAUUCAGGAACUACAAAACCAUAUCCAUGAUGAGGGCCUUAGAGCAACCAGCAAUCUUUCUCAGGAAAAUAUGCCAACUCAGUUUGUGGAGUCUGUUUUGGAAGUACAUAGUAAAUUUGUUCAACUUAUCAACACCGUUUUGAAUGGUGACCAGCACUUUAUGAGUGCCCUUGACAAGGCUCUAACAUCAGUAGUAAACUAUAGGGAACCCAAGUCGAUCUGCAAAGCGCCUGAGCUGCUGGCCAAGUAUUGUGACAACUUGCUGAAGAAAUCAGCCAAAGGAAUGACAGAGAAUGAAGUAGAAGAUAAACUUACAAGUUUCAUUACUGUUUUCAAAUACAUUGAUGACAAAGAUGUUUUCCAGAAGUUCUAUGCCAGAAUGUUGGCAAAACGAUUAAUUCAUGGUUUAUCUAUGUCUAUGGACUCUGAAGAAGCCAUGAUUAAUAAACUAAAGCAAGCCUGUGGUUAUGAGUUUACCAGCAAGCUCCAUCGAAUGUAUACAGACAUGAGCGUUAGCGCUGAUCUCAACAAUAAAUUCAACAACUUUAUCAAAAACCAGGAUGCCAUUAUAGAUUUGGGAAUUAGUUUUCAGAUAUAUGUUUUACAGGCUGGUGCAUGGCCUCUAACUCAGGCUCCUUCAUCAACAUUUGCAAUUCCUCAGGAACUGGAAAAAAGUGUACAGAUGUUUGAAUUAUUUUACAGUCAGCACUUCAGUGGGAGGAAGCUUACUUGGUUACAUUAUCUUUGUACAGGUGAAGUAAAAAUGAACUAUUUGUGUAAACCUUAUGUAGCCAUGGUCACAACAUACCAAAUGGCAGUACUGCUUGCCUUCAACAACAGUGAAACUGUCAGUUAUAAAGAGCUUCAGGAUAGCACACAGAUGAAUGAGAAGGAACUGACAAAAACCAUCAAAUCGUUACUUGAUGUCAAAAUGAUCAACCAUGACUUAGACAAGGAAGAUAUAGAAGCAGAGUCUACUUUUUCAUUAAAUCUGAACUUCAGCAGUAAACGAACAAAAUUUAAAAUUACCACAUCAAUGCAGAAAGACACACCACAGGAGAUGGAGCAGACCAGAAGUGCUGUAGAUGAAGACAGGAAAAUGUACCUUCAAGCUGCUAUAGUCCGUAUCAUGAAAGCACGUAAAGUGCUGCGACAUAAUGCUCUUAUUCAGGAGGUAAUUAGCCAGUCGAGAGCUAGGUUUAACCCAAGUAUCAGCAUGAUUAAGAAAUGUAUUGAAGUUCUGAUAGAUAAACAAUACAUCGAGCGAAGCCAGGCCUCAGCAGAUGAAUACAGUUAUGUAGCAUGAUGUUGCUCUCCAGCAGGUGUGGUUGUAAGAGAGCAUUGCUGUCACUGUUUGGUGUGUUCCUGUGGGAAGAAGCAGGUCUGUGCCUCCAUAACUGGUCACUUGGCAGCCCCUGUUUUUCUGCUGUUUACAACAUCACCAGUGCCACGUCAUGAGCGUCAAUGAAAAUGCCUAUAGAUAUUUCAAGCUCAUGUCAUUAUGACAUUUCUUAAAACUUUACUAAAAGAAUGAGUGAGUGAAGUAUUGCUGAAAUGUGGAAAUUUGGUUGGGUACCAUGCUUUUUUUUUUUUUUUUUUUUUUUCCCCUUCACGUUUGCAGUUGAUGUUUUUUAAUGUAUCUUAAAAGAAAAAGUUAAACUAAAUAUUGUAAUAUGACAAAUAUCCUAAUAAUUGUAUCUACAUUAAAGUGUAAAAUAAAAAAUAUGAACAUGAUACUGCUGCUUGUCAAAUAAAAAAAAUAAAGAAAUGGAAUGUGUCUCCAGGUUAA